AUGGCCUCCGCAACAACCAUCCAAGAGUUUGAGAGUGUUUGGCCCCGCAUUGUCGGUGACCUCGAGGCUCACUGCAAACAAUACAAACUCCCCCAGCAGUCUCUGGAUUGGUUCAUCAAGUCAUUAAACUACAACACUGUCGGUGGAAAAUGUAACCGCGGAAUGUCGGUUGUAGACACCGCUUCCAUCCUGUUGGAGAAGCGUCUGGACCCCGCUUCAGAGGAAUACUUCCAAGCUGCUCUCCUGGGCUGGAUGAUUGAGCUCCUCCAGGCCUUCUUCUUGGUAUCCGACGACAUUAUGGAUUCGUCCAAAACCCGCCGUGGUUCUCCUUGCUGGUAUCUUGCUCCCAAGGUCGGCAUGAUCGCUAUCAACGACUCCUUCAUGUUGGACGCCUCCAUCUAUGUUCUGUUGAAGAAGCACUUCCGUCAACACAAGAACUACAUCGACAUGGUCGAACUCUUCCACGAGACCACCUUCCAAACAGAGCUUGGUCAGUGCUGUGACUUGUUGACAGCUCCCGAGGAUCACGUCGACCUCAACAACUUCAGCCUGGACAAGUUCACCUUCAUCGUCAUCUUCAAGACGGCUUACUAUUCCUUCUACCUUCCUGUUGCCCUCGCCCUGUACUACAUUGGCGCUGCCACCCCUGAAAACCUGCAGACCUGCCUGGACAUCCUGAUCCCCAUGGGCGAAUAUUUCCAGGCCCAGGACGAUUAUCUCGAUGCUUUUGCCGAUCCCGAAGUCCUCGGCAAGAUCGGUACCGAUAUCCAGGACAACAAGUGCUCGUGGCUCAUCAACCAAGCCCUCAAGAAGGUGAACCCAGAGCAGCGCAAGCUUCUCGAGGAGAACUACGGACGCAAGGAUUCCGAAAAGGAAGCCAAGGUCAAGGAGCUGUACCACGAACUAAAGUUGCAGGAGUUCUACCAGCAGUGGGAGGAGGAGCGUGUGGCUGACCUCAAGGCCAAGAUUGACAGAAUCGACGAGUCCAACGGCUUGAAGAAGUCGGUUUUCGAAGCCUUCCUUAAGAAGAUCUACAAGAGAAGCAAGUAA